GACAAAUUACGGGCCGAGGCGGGUAGCACUAUAAACCAAAAAGGAGCCAAGAACAUAAAAGAGAGCCGGAAAUACGUGAAAGCAGAAGCGUCCAAUUAGUACCGCCCAUUUCAAAAAAAGUUGCAGAGCCGAAGCGAGCGAGAGAGAGAGAGAUUGGUUCAUAUUCUUCAAUUCAAACCCCUAACUCUAUAACAAUGCUGCACGAGAUUCUGCUUGCACUUUUGGGCUACACUGGUGAUCUCAUUAUCGACCAGAGAGAACACUACAAUUCUCUCGGCAUCCCCCUACCUCCCGACGCUCCCGUCGCCGAUGAGCCUACUUUCAAGCUCGCUCCCGACAUUUCCUUCCUCGAACCCAGUGAAAGGGAUCUGAUUGAGAGGAUCGUCACUUUAGGGUUUUAUUACAGGGAGCUAGACCGAUUUUCGACCAAGUCUCGGAAUUUGAGUUGGAUAAGAUCGGCGAAUGUGAAUCCUUUGGUGACAAUUUCUGAAUUGUCCAAAGCAAAAACUGGGAGACAGAGUGUGUAUCGUAGAGCCAUUGCUAAUGGUAUAGUUGAGAUUCUGUCAGUAUAUAGGUCUGCUGUUCUCCACAGUGAGCAGAAAUUGCUGUCCGAAACUGUUCCCAUUUUGGCAACAGUUACCCAGGGACUCAAUAAGUUUUUUGUUCUUUUGCCACCUCUCCAUGAGCUUAUUCUAGAGAUUGAGCGAGAUGAUAUUCGUGGUGGUCAACUUCUUAACCUAUUGCACAAACGAUGCCACUGUGGAGUUCCGGAAUUGCAGACGUGCAUUCAAAGGCUUCUUUGGCAUGGACAUCAGGUUAUGUAUAAUCAGCUCGCUUCGUGGGUGGUUUAUGGGACUCUUCAAGAUCAGUAUGGGGAAUUUUUUAUCAGGAGGCAGGAAGACAGAGACAUAGAUCAUAGUUCAUCUCAUUCAGACAUAUCAGAAAAGUUGUCACGAUUAUCAACUGAUGAUACAUCUCUAACAGAUUGGCACCUGGGUUUUCAUAUAUUUUUGGAUAUGCUACCAGAAUACAUUCAUAUGCGUGUUGCAGAAUCAAUUUUGUUUGCGGGUAAAGCUAUCAGGGUUCUUCGCAACCCAAGUCAUGCCUUUCGGUUUCAGGAUGCUGUAUAUCAUCAGCAAAUGCCAAGGGGCACUCAGAAAUUUCAUGGCUUUACAGGACGGUUUCCUUUCCAGAAGGAGCCUUUUGUUGAUCAAGAAAAGAUUGGAGAAGAACUGCUUCCACAGUCUGAGGCGGAUAAGAUUGAAAAGAUGCUUUCAGAUCUAAAGGAAUCAUCAGAAUUUCACAAAAGAUCAUUUGAAUAUGCUGUUGAUUCCAUUCGGGCAAUUGCAGCCAGUCAUCUUUGGCAGCUUGUAGUUGUACGAGCUGACCUGAAUGGCCAUCUGAAGGCCCUAAAAGAUUAUUUUCUUUUGGCCAAAGGAGAUUUCUUUCAGUUAUUUCUCGAAGAGAGUCGCCAGUUGAUGCGUCUACCUCCUCGCCAGUCAACUGCUGAAGCUGAUCUCGUGAUUCCUUUUCAGCUGGCAGCAAUAAAAACUAUUGGUGAAGAAGACAAAUACUUCUCCCGAGUAUCUUUGAGGAUGCCCUUGUUUGGAAUGACUGUUAAAUCCUCCCAAGGAGAUUUACCAAAGGAUGGGAACUUAGGUGGUACUUCAGAAACAACACUUGAUGGCUGGGAUGGGAUUGCUCUUGAGUACAAGGUUGAUUGGCCGCUACAGUUGUUCUUCACCCAAGAAGUGCUAUCCAAAUACAGCAGGGUCUUCCAAUAUUUGCUGCGGCUGAAGCGAACACAAAUGGAAUUGGAGAAAUCAUGGGCUUCUGCAAUGCACCAAGAUCACACAGAUUUUGCCAAACACCGCAAUGACCGCAGAAAUUGCUCAGUAUCUCAACAGCGACGGCAGCGAUUUAGACCAAUGUGGCGCAUUAGAGAACAUAUGGCAUUCCUGAUUAGAAAUCUUCAAUUUUACAUACAGGUGGAUGUGAUAGAAUCUCAGUGGAAUGUUCUUCAAGCUCACAUUCAAGAUUCUCAUGACUUUACUGAACUAGUGGGAUUUCAUCAAGAGUAUUUGUCGGCUUUAAUUUCACAAUCUUUCCUGGAUAUUGGUUCUUUAUCAAGAAUACUGGACAGUAUAAUGAAACUUUGUCUUCGGUUCUGUGGGAGCAUUGACAACCAAGAAAGCAUUGCAAAUACAUCUGAACUAGAACAUAUAACGGAGGAAUUUAACAAGAAAUCGAACUCGUUAUACACAAUAUUGCGCAGUAGUAGGCUAGUUGGGAGUCAGAGAGCCCCAUUUCUGCGGCGUUUUCUUAUGCGUUUGAACUUCAAUUCAUUCUUUGAGGCAACUGCCAGAGGUGUACUGAAUGUUGUCAGACCUCGUCCAGCUGUUUCAGUUUUGAAUCAGCAGUAGCGUCAUUUCAUGCCUCGAUAUAUUUGCAAGACCAUGCCAUGUAAAUAGAGUAGUGUUAUUGAAGAGGUUACAAAAGACUACUUGAUUCUCUAGUAUGAAUGCAAUUUCAUAGUCGUCCCAUAUGAAAGUUGGGUGGUGUGAGUAGAAAACGUGCUUACUGUUCUUCUGAUGAUGUUGAUGAAGCAUUUUCCAUAGCUAGCUUGUUAAAGGUGAAGUAAUCAUUCUAUAUUUGUUCUCGUAGUUAGUGUACCCAUGCAUAUUUCGGUUUUAUCUUCAGUUUGUGACUGGAUCCUAGGUGAGUCUUCAAGUGAUCUUGUACCUGGAAGAUUGCUGGUGAAGUUUCUCUUCCCACUGUAAAAAAAAUGUAGGUAGAUGUUUUUGCAUUUUCAUCAUGUUUGUUGGUAGCUUUGUGUUAUAUUUACAAGGUACUGCUUCUCUUUCUGAUGUGUGAAAUAUUAUAAAGAAAAACGACAGUGUUCCUACCA